UCACCCAGAGGAGGCAACAAGAAGAAGACUUGAGCUUAUUACAGCCUGCAACAACAGAAACCAUGAAGAGUGCCAGGAAAGAUGAUACAGGGGUCGUUGGCAGUGAUUUAUCAGAGCAGAUUAAAGCAGCCACUAAGGACAAUCAUGUCAGAGCAGAAAACACAGAGCUGAUGCUGAGUUACCAGAAGGGACAGAUCACCCUGCCACAGUACAAGGUCCUGCUGUGUUCCCUCUACGAGAUCUACAGAGUGCUGGAGGAGGAGCUGGACAGAAACUCUUCUCAUCCAGCUGUCGCCCCGAUAUACUUCCCUCAGGAACUCGCCCGAGUGGAAACACUCGAGAGAGAUCUGGAGCAUUUCUUCGGCUCAGACUGGAGGAAGAGGGUGAUAGUUCCUGCAGCCACACACAGAUACCAACAGAGACUACGACAGAUUGGUAAAGAGAGGCCGGAGGUGCUGGUGGCCCACGCCUACACUCGCUAUCUUGGUGACCUAUCAGGAGGUCAAGUACUGGGGAAAAUUACCCAGAAAUCUCUGGGGCUGAGCAGCAAAGAGGGGCUUUCGUUCUUCUCCUUCCCAAGUGUGACCAGCCCCAACCGCUUCAAGCAGCUCUACAGGAGCCGCAUGAACAGCAUCGAGCUGACGGAGGAGGAGCGGGCGGCCGUGCUGCAGGAGGCCGUGGCCGCCUUCGAGUGCAACAUCCAGGUUUUUGAUGACUUGCAGAAAAUGCUGAGUGUCACAACAGAAACAGUGGACCAAUCACAGGACAACGUUCUCAAAACUGCCAUGUUCCCACGUUCCCCCAUGAUGCAGCUCACUGUGGGGCUGUGCAUCGCACUCACCACUAUUGGGAUGGGGAUCUAUGCUUCGUAGACUUCAUCAGCACAAUGUGAAUGCACAUACUGCACUUUAACUCACUUUACUUUGGGGCAGUCUGUGGCCUAGAGGUAAGGAUUGGAGGACUGACGGGUCAAGGACUGAAGUGCCCUUGAGCAAGGCACCUAACCCCCCUGCCACUGCUCCCAAACUAACGAAAUAACGAAAACUAGAAUUGAAAAACAUUUUAGUUAACUGAAAUAAAAACGAAAAACGUUUUUUGAAAAAUGAUAACUAAGUGAAACUGUAUUUUGUGGUUACAAAACUAACUGAAACUAGUAAAAAUGUCCUUAGUUUUCAUCUUUGUCAACUUUUUUCAUAUGUAAACAUUUUUGGUUGAUAUGAAAUUUAUUUCAUCUAUUUGGUUUUAUGACUUAGUAAACAUAUUGGACCUUAGAUGGAUCAGACAAAGGAAACAUUUAUUGUGACUAUUAUAACCUUGGAACACUGGUGAGUCAAAAGUAUAGGUUCAAUUUCCCCAUUGUGGGACUAAUAAGAGAAUUUCAUUCUAAAUCUUAACCCUCCUGUUAUGUUGCGGGUCAAAUUGACCCAUUUCAAAGUAAAAAAAUAUUUUUUUUAAAAAUAGUCAAAUGUAUUUUUUCAAAAACAGAAUAAGUUGAAAAUUUCAAUUAAAAAAACAAAAAACAUUGUAUUUUAUAUGUAGUUUUAACAUGCAUUUUAAAAAAAAGAAAGUGAAUUAUCCUCAAUGAACCAUGGUCGAUGAGGUAAAGAUUGCACUAAAUAUUGAUUGAAAUGGUUCAUAAUGGAGUUAUUAAUGAAUAUAAACAAUGCUUAUUGGGAAUUUUUAGUUUCUGACACUUUUGGAUAAUUAAACAUGUCCUAAAAACAUUAUUGCUGUUCCUGAGGCGAACAUAACAGCAGGGUUAAAUUACUUAUCACCAGGCCUGUUAAUCAGCUGAAAAAAAGAUUGCACAAUUUGCUGUGAUUUAUCGCUUUCUCCCCAUUUGGGACAAAAGCUUGUUAUAAUAUUUGCCUAUAAAGGGGAGACCUUUGAAAACCCAUAUUCAUUCAGAUAUCUUGAGGUGAGAGGUCAAGGCACCACUUUCAAAAUGGACAUGCCAGUUUUUGCUUCACCAUAAUGUAGCCUGAUUUCCCAUCUUCUUCAUAUAUCAAAAACUUUUUUAAUGCAUUAAAUAUUUCACCUUAAUUGCAUGAAUGAACAUAAUUAAUUUUGAUAAAAAAUUAAAUCUGUGAUUCACCUAUAAACCACUAAUCCAACUGAACAAAAUUUUCUUAAACUUGUCAUUUAUAUGAACUUUGUUAAAACAAUCAUACGCUGUAAAACUGUAUUUUUAUGAUUUCUCUGUUGAAUAAAACAAUUCAAAAG